AUGGGCGACAACGACGCAGCACAGGGCGGCUCGGGUGGGUCUCCGAACAGGGCCGUCUCGUUCAACCGGCGGAGGCGGUCGACGAACGAGCGCAUCGAUGAGAUACUCGAGGACGCACGCGGCCGAGCCGAGCCCAUGGGGUCCGCGGAAUUGGCGCGAGCCCAGCACCACCCGCAGUCGGGCGACGACGCCAGCGACAAUGAGAGGACCGGCAUCGUGUCACAUGGGUCGGGCCAGAGCUACCUGGCCAUGCAGGCGAGCACCCGGUCGCACAUAUCGAUAUACCAGCGGCGGGGCGCGGCCGACGACCUGCCGUCGCCCAUUGAGUCGGGUUCCGGGACCGGCCUUGGCGGCGACGCGGCGGACGGCGACGGGGCCGGGGACAGGCUGUGGUGGAGGAGGGCUCUGGGCAACUUUCAGUCCAUUGAGCUCGACAACAAAGGCAGCGUGGCUAGAGACCACCUGUCUCUCGAACGAACCUUUCUCGCUUGGCUGCGGACGUCUUUGGCCUUUGCGUCCAUCGGCAUCGCCGUGACGCAGCUCUUCCGGCUCAACACGUCGCUCUCGGACGGCCACGACGAUGGCGUCAACAAGGCGACGCUGCGGCGCAUGGGCAAGCCGCUUGGGGCGACGUUUCUGGCCCUCAGCAUUCUGACGCUGCUGUUGGGCUUCCGGCGCUACUUUCGCGGGCAGGAGUGGGUGGUACGCGGCAAGUUCCCCGCGAGCAGGGGCACCAUUGUGGUGCUGGCCGCCGUCGCGCUGGCGAUUAUGCUCGUGUCGCUGGUUGUGGUCAUUGUCAUUCAUCCGGCCGAGGCGCCGGACGAGCCAAACAGCGCAACGUCACCACCCAUUGCCAUAGCGCAUGCAGGCCAUGCCCAGAUGAACAGCCCCCACGUGAGCAGUGACAAGAUGAAAGAGGACAAGAAGCCCCCCAAGACGACGAUGCCCCCCACGAAAGACGCCAUCGACAUCCCGUCCUUUGCAAGCACCCAGCUCGCCCUCCUCUCGCACGAGCUUCAGGCCGAAGUCGCCGAGACGAGCACCCUCAUCGGGUCCCAUGCGCCAACCACUCUGCAGCGCGCUGGCCUCGCCCUCACCAACCUGGUCGUCUGCUCGCGGCGCACGGGGCUCGGCGGCAAGACGGUCCUCGAGCUGGGCCCCGACGCCGCCACCGCCGCGGGCGACGGUAACCUGCCCGAGCACGGCGUCCGCGCGGGCGACAUUGUCCUCAUCGCCGAGCAGCCUGCCGGUAGCGCCAAGAAGCGCGAGGCCAAGGAGCUCGAGCGUGGCGGGGCCAGGGGCGUCGUCGUCAGGGUGCAGAGGGCGGCUGUGGGCGUGGCCCUGGAUGAGGGCAAGGAUGAGGACGGAGGGGGGUUUUCGGGGAGGGUGUGGAUGGUCAAGUUGGCUGACGAGGUGACGUAUCGACGCAUGAACCAGACAAUGGAGCGACUGCAGAAGAUGGGCGAGUCCGAGUACUCGAGCUUCAUCAGAGUCCUCUUUGGCCUCUCCAGCCCGUCGCCGCUGCCUCCAGAGUUGAGCAAGGAUGAGGACUUUGGCAACGUGGCAUGGAUGGACCCUACGCUCAACGACUCGCAAAAGGACGCCAUCCGCUUCGCUCUCGCUUCACGUGAGAUAGCUCUCAUCCAUGGACCGCCGGGAACGGGGAAAACCCACACUCUGAUAGAGUUGAUCCUGCAGCUGGUCAAGCGCGGGCAGAGGAUCCUGGUCUGCGGCCCGUCCAACAUCUCUGUCGACAAUAUUGUCGAGCGCCUCGCGCCGCACGGCGUGCCCAUAAUUCGCCUCGGACAUCCCGCCCGCCUCCUGCCCUCUGUCGUGAACCACUCCCUGGACGUGCUCACGCAGUCAUCUGAGGCGGGGGCCAUCGUCCGGGACGUGCGAUCCGAGAUGGACUCGAAGCAGGCUUCGAUCAAGAAGACCAAGAGCGGCAGGGAGAGGCGGCAAAUCUACGCAGAUCUCAAGGCACUGAGGAAGGACAAAGUCAUUCUCGCCACGCUGCACGGCGCCGGCGGGUUCCAGCUCCGGAACCAGCAGUUUGACGUCGUCAUCAUUGACGAGGCCAGCCAGGCCCUCGAGGCCCAGUGCUGGGUGCCGCUGCUGGCCGCCAAAAAGGCCGUUUGCGCCGGCGACCACCUGCAGCUGCCGCCGACUAUCAAAUCGACGAGCUCUUCCUCCAAGGCGAAGCCGGGUGUUCAGGGCGGCGCCAAAGCCAUCCGAGGCAUGAGCCUUGAGACGACUUUGUUUGAUCGCCUGCUGGCCCUCCAUGGGUCGUCCAUCAAGCGUAUGCUGACGACGCAGUAUCGCAUGCACGACAAGAUCAUGAGGUUCCCCUCCGACGAGCUGUACGACUCAAAGCUCAUGGCGGCGGACGCCGUCAAGGCACGCUUGCUCAAGGAUCUCGACUACGACGUCGAGGAUAACGAAGACACCAACGAGCCCCUCAUCUUCAUCGACACGCAGGGCGGAGACUUUCCGGAGAAAAACGAGGACGACGACAAGAACGGCGCCACCAAGACGGGAAAGGCCAGCCUGCACGGCGAGAGCAAAAGCAACGAUAUGGAGGCAGCCUUGGUCCGGCAGCACGUGAAGCAGCUUGUCGAGGCAGGGGUUCGUGCCGAUGACAUUGCCGUGGUGACGCCGUACAAUGCACAGUUGGCCUUGUUGGCACCGCUCAAAGAACAGUUCCCGGGCAUCGAGCUGGGGAGCGUCGACGGCUUCCAGGGCCGGGAGAAGGAGGCCGUCAUUGUCAGCCUGGUGAGGAGCAACGACGAGGGCGAAAUUGGCUUCCUGGGGGAGAAGAGGCGGUUGAACGUUGCCAUGACGCGCCCGAAGCGAUCGUUGACGGUGAUUGGCGACUCGGAGACAGUCAAAAGAGGAAGCAAGUUUUUGAAGAAAUGGAUGGAGUUUCUGGAAGAAAAUGCGGAUCUGCGCUAUCCCGACCUGGCGAGCGUCAACUGA